UAAUAUAAUGCAAGUCUCAUAAGCAAGUUCUCUUGCCACUAAAAAAUUAUUUUCACCAAAAAAAAAUUAUAUUGCCCAUGCAAAAUAUGUCUGUCCCUAAUGCAACUUUCUAUCGUGAUGACGAGCUAUCAAAUGUGACCGUCGAAGCUCCCUCCGCCCCGUUGCUCGUCGGCCGCCCCGCCGCAGAUCGGGAGGAGGUCCGGCGCCGGCCGUCGACUGUGAUCCUCCUGUUGAUGAUAGGGCUGUUGGGCGUCGGAUUGUUUCUUGUGGUCAGAUCAUCGCCACAUAGCUACAAUGAAAGCGAGACGAAGGGGCCCGCGGCGGCCGAGCGAGGGGUGAAGGAAGGGGUGUCGGCCAAAAGUGGGCCAAAGGUAGGACCUGCAUAUCCAUGGACUGCUAAAUUGUUGGCAUGGCAAAGAACUGCCUACCAUUUUCAGCCUAAAAAGAAUUGGAUGAAUGAUCCUAAUGGUCCAAUGUUGUACAAGGGAUGGUACCAUUUCUUCUACCAAUACAACCCAUACGGCGCCGUGUGGGGCAACAUCGUUUGGGGCCACGCAGUUUCAUCCGAUCUCAUAAACUGGCGCCACCUCCCCAUCGCCAUGAUCCCCGAUCAGUGGUACGACAUCAACGGCGUCUGGACGGGCUCCGCCACCUUCCUCGAGAACGGGAAGCUCAUCAUGCUCUACACGGGGUCGACCAACGAGUCCGUCCAGGUCCAAAAUCUGGCCUUCCCGGCCGACUCAUCCGACCCCUUCCUCAUCGAUUGGGUCAAGUACUCGGGCAACCCGGUCCUCGUCCCGCCACCUGGCAUCGACAUCAAGGACUUCCGGGACCCCACCACAGCCUGGAAGACCUCGGAGGGCAAAUGGCGCAUCGCCAUUGGCUCCAAGGUUAAUAAGACCGGCAUGUCGUUGGUGUACGAGACCAAGGACUUCGUGAGAUACGAGCUCCUUCACGAUGUGCUCCACGCGGUGCCCGCCACGGGCAUGUGGGAGUGCGUCGACUUUUACCCCGUCUCCACCACUGAGAAAAGAGGCCUCGACACCUCCGUCACCGGCCCCAAAGUGAAGCACGUUGUCAAGACUAGCCUCGAUGAUGAUCGGAAUGACUACUAUGCCCUUGGAACUUAUGAUAGCAAGUAUGGGACUUGGAGCCCUGAUGACCCUAAAUUGGAUGCCGGUAUCGGAUUGAGGUACGAUUAUGGAAUUUUCUAUGCAUCCAAGACAUUUUACGAUCAAGAAAAUGAGAGGAGAGUGUUGUGGGGUUGGAUCAAAGAGACGGACAGUGAAGAGGCCGACAUACGCAAGGGCUGGGCGUCGCUUCAGGCUAUUCCCAGGACAGUUGUGUACGAUAUGAAAACAGGCAGCAACCUCUUGCAAUGGCCGGUGAAGGAGGUUGAGACAUUGCGAUUGGACAAGAAGGUUUUCGACGUAGAGGCCACUGCAGGUGUCGUCGUGCCCCUCGAUGUCGGCCCCGCAUCUCAGCUAGACAUCGUGGCGGAGUUCGAAGUAGACGAGGAGGCCAUGAAGAGAGUAGACGGCAGCGAUGCAACCUAUGAUUGUUCGGGCAGUGGCGGCGCAGCCUCGAGAGGCGCAUUAGGGCCAUUCGGCUUGUUAGUUCUCGCGAACAAAGGCCUAACCGAACACUCUCCCGUUUAUUUCUACAUUUCCAAGGAUGAAAAGGGAAAAUUCCAAACAUUCUUUUGUGCCGAUCACUCAAGGUCGUCUGAGGCAACUGAUGUGAGCAAAGCAAUCUACGGCAGCACUGUCUCAGUACUUGAAGGCGAAAAAUUGUCUAUGAGAAUCUUGAUUGAUCACUCGAUCGUUGAGAGCUUCGCGCAAGGCGGGAGAAUGUGCAUCACGUCGCGCGUGUAUCCGACGAAAGCUGUGGGCAAUGAUGCGCAGAUUAUGUUGUUCAAUAAUGCUACUGAAGCAAAUAUUAGUGUAUCAUUGCAGAUAUGGCAGAUGAGUUCUUCUGCAUUCAGACACGCCGCCGUCUUAUGCGUGCAUGCGCUUCUUCUUUUAGUCGUUUCCAUGAUAUUGUAGGAAAUUUUUAGGUUUUCUUUUUUUCUUUUCGUGUUAGCUCCAUUGUUAGAGAGAAAAUUUUUGCAGAGUGAUCAAGUUGAGAAUUUGUAGGGAAUAAAAAACGGGAACGAUCGAGAAUCUGUAGGUAAUAAAAAUGUUUUUCUGGAUUUUUGUGUAGACUGUUUGAGAACAUUUUUAGUUAAUUUAUUUUGUGGGGAAUUUUUUCUUUUUGAGUAAAUCUAGCUAUUUCUUUCUUUA